AUGGUUCCUCCGCAGGAGGACGGCCGGGAAGAGGGCGUCUGCGCCAUCUGCCAGGAGCUCCUGAAGGAGGCUGUGAGCACCGAGUGCGGACACCGCUUCUGUCGAGGGUGCCUGGCUCGGCACGUGGUGAAGGCCUCGGCCUCUGGAGUCCUCUGGUGUCCCUUGUGCCGGAAGCCCUAUUCCGAGGGGGUGCUGGGGCCGGGCUACCUCUGCUCCAGCCACCAGAAGAAGGUGUGCUCUUUCUGCGAGGAGAGCAGACUUCUUGUGUGCAGGGAGUGCCUGGCGUCGCCUGAGCACCAGGGGCACAGUGAGCUGGCCGUUGAGGACGCGGUCAACCACUACAAGGAACGGCUCAGCCGCAGGAACAGGAGACUCCGAAGAGACCUGAGGGCGCUCUGCCUGCUCAGAGCGCAGGAGGAGGAGAAGCUGUGGGCAGUGCAGGCCCAGGUAGGCUGUGGGACCCGCAGGCUGGGGGCUGAGCUGGAGAGCCAGUCGCAGAGCAGGAGGGAGCAGGAUGCCCCCCUGGAGAGGUGGCCAGACCCGCUGGAGGACACGCCGGCCCCGGGUGCCAGAAUCCCCGACGAGUCGCGGGCCAUAGCGCAGCUCCGCAGCCUGGCCGCAGCUCUGGACAAGACCGCCAAGGGACUGGGUGUGGACACGCUGAAGGAGGCCAGCGACUUACUGGACAGGAGUGCGCCACAGAAAUUAGAGGCUAUGUACCCCCAGCUGGAGAAAAGAAUCCAGCCGUCCCCUCUGCCAUCCUCAGCGCCCAUCCAGCCCCCCACGAGGUCGGCCCAGGACGUCCUCACCACCCGAACGUGA